UGGUGCGGCCUCGGUGUCCGUGCGGGCCCCGCGGUGACCGCGGAGCACGCGCCCACUGGCUCCGGAGCCGGGUGCGAGGAGGACCAGGAGUAUGUUCUUAGGAAGGAAAUAACAUCUCGGUGUGAUUUCAUGCCUCUGGCUCUCGUCUCCUCUCUGUUGAACGUAAGUGACCUGGUCCGUGAGCAGUGAAGGAAUUCACGGUAAAAUACUGCUGCACAAUGAGUGAGCCAGGGGUCUGUUUGUGGAGAGCAUCUUGGUGUGGUGAUCCUUCUCUACGCACGUCUGAUGGCACAGCACCGGCCAUGACUGAGGAGCAAGAGAACUCGUGUGAAAUAAGAAGGAGGCGGCUUCGGGACUAGGGGUGUCCUCUCAGUUUACAGACAUUUGACUGGAGGCCUCUGCAGAGCAGUGGGACGGAGAGGAGUCGCAGAACGGAGCCGGUUUUCCAAGCCGCAGAAAAUGUUCAAGUCCCAGAUCUCGUUUGAGGAUGUGGCUGUGGACUUCACCUUGGAGGAGUGGCAGCUCCUUAAUCCUACUCAAAAGAGCUUGUACAGAGACGUGAUGUUGGAGAACUACAGCAAUCUGGUUUUCUUGGGUUAUCAAAUUAUCAGACCUGAUGCGGUUUUCAAGCCAGAGCCAGAAGAGCCAUGGGUCAUAGAAGCAGCCCCGCGUCGGGCCGCGGCAGAAGAAGUCUGGCUAGAUAACAGUCUCAAAAUGUGGCACCAGGAUAAUCAAGACAAGCUUAGAAGUGUGGAGAGAGGCCAUGAAUAUGAUGUUUUUAGGAAAAUAUUUCAUUCAAGCAUUAACUUUGUUCAUUUAGCAAUGAGACACCAUAAAUGUGGCUCAGGUGAAAAAAGUUUGAAACAUCCUUUUGAGUUUCUUAUUCCAAAAAAUUACCGUGGAAGAAAGAAACCUGAUGAGCUCAAUAAGAAAUACUUACUGUAUAUCAAAGCUGAUAGAACCCAUGGUGGAGAGCCAUACUGUGAUUGCAGUAAAUGUAGGAAGGCUAGCCAGACGGGGUCAUGGCCCCGUGCAAACCACAGAACACACACAGGAGUCCACUUGUGCGUGGACUGUGGCAACGUUUUCAGUAAGAAGUCACAGCUCAUCGUCCACCAGCGGACGCACACGGGAGAGAAGCCCUACGGCUGCGGCGACUGCGGGAAAGCCUUCUCCCAGAAGUCCUUGCUCACUAUUCAUCAGAGGACGCAUUCGGGAGAAAAACCCUUCGGGUGUGGAGAAUGCCAGAAAGCUUUCAGUAGGAAGUCCCUGCUCAUUUUACACCAGAGGACGCACACGGGAGAGAAGCCCUACGGCUGCGGCGACUGCGGGAAAGCCUUCAGCAGGAAGUCGCAGCUCAAGAGACAUCAGAGAACCCACACGGUGGAGAAGCCCUACGGUUGCAGCGACUGCGGGAAGGCCUUCUCCCAGAAGCUCAAGCUCAUUACCCACCAGAGAACUCACACUGGGGAGAAGCCCUAUAACUGCAGUGAUUGUGGGAAAGCCUUCUUCUGGAAGUCACAGCUGAUUACGCAUCAGAGGACUCACACGGGCAAGAAACCGUAUGCCUGUACCGAGUGCACAAAAGCCUUCAGCAGGAACUCACUGCUCAUCAGGCAUCAGAGGAUCCACACGGGGGAGAAGCCCUACGAGUGUGGUGAGUGUGGCGAAGCCUUCAUCAGAAAACCGCAGCUCAUCAAGCACCAACUGACGCACACAGGAGAGAAGAAUUAUCAGUGCGGUGACUGUGAGGAGGCGUUCUUUAAGAAGUCCGAGCUGCUCCGCCAUCAGAAGACUCACUUGGGGGAGAAACCCUACGGAUGUGUCGAAUGUGGAAAAACCUUCUUUGGGAAGUCCCAGCUCCUAACACAUCAGAGAACUCACACUGGCGAGAAACCGUAUGAAUGCGGUGAGUGUGGGAAGGCCUUCACCCAGAAGUCCAGCCUGAUUUCACACCAGAGGACACACACAGGGGAGAAGCCCUAUGAGUGCACGGAGUGUGGGAAGACCUUCAGUGAAAAGUCAAGCCUCAUUCAUCACCAGAGAACCCACACUGGAGAGAAACCCUUCGAAUGUAGUGAGUGUAGGAAAGCUUUUGCCUGGAAGCCACAGCUUCUUAGGCAUCAGAGAAUUCAUACAGGGGAAAAACCCUAUGAAUGCAGUGAAUGUGGGAAAGCCUUUGUUCAGAAAGUGCAGCUCAUUAAGCAUCAGAGAAAUCACACAGGAGAGAAAACCUACAGGUGCAGUGAGUGUGCGAAAGCCUUCUUUGAGAAGGCACAGCUCGUUAUCCAUCAGAGAAUUCACACAGGGGAGAGACCCUAUCAAUGUGGUGAAUGUGGGAAGUCUUUCACUAGAAAGUCUCACCUUAUGAGGCAUCAGCGAAUUCACACAGGAGACAAAUACUCUGGGUGCGGUGAGUAUGGGACCGCCUUCCGCAGGGAGUCACAGCUCACGCUUCACCAGAGGACUCACGCACUCUAGAAACGGCGUGGUGCCGUGAACGUGGGAAAUCUGGCAUCCGAUGUCGCCUUUUGAUGUGUCCAAGGACACACACACGGGAGCAACCCCGUCCGUGCACUGGGAAGGCAGGUCUCACCCGAUUCAGAGAGGGAAUUUGUUUAAGUAGACAGUGUAAGGGAGCCUUCUCCCGGAACACACAGCUUGUCACCCACUGAUGACUUAACGUGGAAGUCUUCGCAGUGCCGUGGAGCAGACCCUGUAGUCAGAAGUGACAGCUCAUUGUUCGAGGACCGACACUUGAGGGGAAACUGGACUGCUGUAAAAACCAAGCGAGAGGUUUCAUCAAGAAAGGGUAACUCAGCAGUACACUAGAGGAUAUAUACACAAAGGAAAUGCUGAAUCGUCUGGACUGGAGAUUUCCGUAUGGAGGAGAGGUCCUAAUGGGAAGAAUUUUGAUAAGCGCGAUCCUAUUGAAAGAAUUCUAUAACGUUGUGUUUGUUGUAUAUAAGUUGUUAUGAAAAUGGUUAUUUUAAAAUGGUAGAUGUGUUUUAAGUAUGAAAACCUCUGCUGUGUUGGUACAGCAAGAACCAGAUUGACUCCCCUGCCUUCAGCAGCUAGAAACCGUAAAAUGUUUGUGAAAGAACGGGUUAGAGGGUGCCUGGGUGGCUCAGUGGGUUAAGCCGCUGCCUUCGGCUCAGGUCAUGAUCUCAGGGUCCUGG